AUGGCGGCGGCGCUGCGCCUCCUGCUCCCCUGCCUCCUGGCCCAGGUGUGGCUGGCGCCCGGCACGGCCCCGGCGAGGCCACAGGCCCCCGCCGUCCAGAAUGAGACCCUCCAGGUAGUGCGGGCCCCAGAGGAGGAGGAGGAGGAGCCCUGGCCGCCGGCCGGCGGGCAGCAGCUCUCCGAACAGACCUCCGACUUGGGGUUCAGCCUGCUGCGCAAGAUCUCCAUGAGGCACGACGGCAAUGUGGUUUUCUCCCCGUUCGGCCUGUCCUUGGCCUUGGCGGCCCUGAUGCUGGGGGCCUCGGGGCAGACCCGGGCCCAGCUGGAGGGCGUGCUCAGCGCGCACAGCCCGAGCCAGGCGGGGCCCGGGCACCUGCCCGCCUUGUUUCGGCGGCUCCGGCAGCACCUGUCCCGCAACCAGGAGCUGGGCCUCACGCAGGGGAGCUUGGCCUUCGUCCAGGAGGACUUUGACGUCAAAGGGACCUUCCUCAAUCUGUCCCAGAGCUACUUCGAUACCCAGUGUGUGGCCGUGGAUUUCCGCAACGCCUCGCAGGCCAGGACGCUCGUGAACCGUCACGUUAACCGGGAGACGCAGGGGCAAGUCCCCGGGCUCCUGGAUGAGGUCAAUCCCGACACCAAGGUCAUGCUUGUGGACUACGUCCUGCUCCGAGGGAAGUGGCUGACCCCCUUCGACCCCGCCUUCACCGAGGAUGACACCUUCCACCUGGACAAGUACAGGACGGUGAAGGUGCCCAUGAUGUACAGCGAGGGCAACUUCGCCUCCACCUUCGACCAGCGCCUCCGCUGCCACGUCCUCCAGCUGCCCUACCGCGGCCGGGCCAGCAUGCUGGUGGUGCUCACGGAGAGGAUGAGCGACCACCUGGCGCUGGAGGACUACCUGAGCGCCGAGCUGGUGGGCACGUGGCUGAGCAGCAUGAAGACCAGACACAUGGAAGUUUUGUUCCCCAAGUUCAAGCUGGAUCAGAAGUAUGAGAUGCAUGAGCUGCUGAAGCAAAUGAGAGUCACGAGACUCUUCUCGCCCUGGGCCCACCUGGGCGAGCUCUCGGCCAUCUCGAGAAACCUGAAGGUGUCCCGGGUCUUACAGAGAGCGGUGAUCGAGGUGGACGAGGAAGGAACCGAGGCGGCGGCGGGGACCCUGUCGGAGAUCGUUGCUUAUUCCAUGCCUCCCGUCAUCAAAGUGAACCGGCCAUUUCACUUCCUGAUCUACGAAGAGGCCUCCAGGGUGGCCCUGUUCCUGGGCAGGGUGGUGAACCCCACCCUCCUGUGA